AAUCUUGUUUCAUUGCAGAGAAAGUAGACUUUUUUUGAAGUCAGAGGCGAAAAAGUCGGCGUUCUCUGCUAGUGAUUCUCAAUUUUCCGAUCAAAAGUCACCUUUUGAGCAAUAAAAAUAUCUGAUUCGGAAUCAGGAUCAAAAGCUGAGUCGACUGAUGUAUAUUGUGUAUUUCGAAACUUUCGGUUGAUUUUCAGUUUUGGGUGGUAAUUUUUCGACGUAAAAAUUAAAAAAAAACUAAAGUAGUCGGAUAGGAUAUAAAUACACAUCGGUCGAUCAGCGUUUGAUUUUUAUUGCUUGAAAGUUGAGUUUCGGAAAAUUGAGAAUUACCGGCAGAACACCGACUUUUUCGCCUCUGACUUCAAAAAAGUCUACUUUCUCUGCAAUGAAACAAGAUUUGAGAAGAGCUCUUCAUACUUUUAAAGCUCGUUUGAUGGCCGAUCUAACUAUGUGUGAAUCAAAGAUCUAGUCCUUCACGCAAGAAACGAUUAGGGUUUGUAAACAAAAGUCCUCGAGAAUGGACCUUUAAACGUUUGAGACACUGUCAAACUUCCACUUUUAGCUUUAAACGCUUAAAAAUGUCGUGUAUAGAUUCAGUUUUGAACAAGAAACCCAAAUAUAGGAAGCUCGAGUCUCAAAAUCACGAAGGGAAAAUACUAUGAAACUUCUUUCGAAAAUGAAAAAUGUUAGACUUUUUGAGGUGUUUUCAGUAUUUUGACAUUUUCUCCACGAAGAAAAGGGUUUUAAGGGCUGGGAAGGUGAUAUGCGAGACCACAGUCAAACGACAAAUUAGAAUAUGUAUAAUAUAGUCAAAAACGAAUUUCACUCAAAGUUUGCUUUAUGUGCAUCUUGACUUAUUAAAAUUUCUUGAAUUCCUAUAUUUUCUGACCAAGAUCUUGAAUCAUAAUCUUACUGAAAAAGUUCAAAAAGUCAAGAUCUUGGUUACAAGAAGUUUCACUAGGGAGUAUUUCAGAUUUGCCGCUUAAAGUUCGAAUUAGUGUUUAUCUUAUUUGUGUGUGUUAAAAUAGGAAUAAUUCUAUUAUCACUUUUUCAGUCACGAUUCCUUCUCGAUGAUCCAAAAUCGUCAUCGAAUACUGAACAACAACACAAAGAAAAUACAAAAAAUUUGAAUGCUAAAACAAUAAUCUAUGUUCGAGCAGACCAUUUGCUCAGUAUAACCGUGACAAAGACGAUGCUAAGUCUUGCUCAGCGUCUAUCCACUAUGUUCAAUGAUGAUAAUAAUAAACAAUCGGCUUCGAAUGAAGACGAUGAUCAAUCAAUGUUAUCAAUACUUAAUAUGACCGGACGUGAUGUUUCCAUUGACAAUAUAGGCGGUGUCGAAUUUCUCGAAGAUCAUCAAUUAGAACUUCCAAUUCAUCUCAAACAUGAAGAUUCAAUUCCAUUGACAGUACCCGUUGAACGAUUAUCGGCAACACGAAUUCCAGCUAUUGCCGAACAAAUUGCAAAUCGACGACAAGAAUUUUCUGUUAAAAUUGAUAAUCAAAUGAAAGCUGUCGAUAUCAAUCAAACAUGGAGACGAGUAUUUGAAUUGGGUCCAUCGCCCAUAGCGGACUGGCCUAUUCAAUUGCUUUGUGAUUCUCAAUUGUACAAUGAUCGUCGACGAAUUGUUCUCAGUUCAAUAAUUAAAAUUUUCAACAGAGCUACAAUGUCAGUGAUAAUUUUGGAUAUUGAUUCCGUUGAAAUGGGAACAUUUCGUGAAGUUGCUCGCAUCGAAGCCAAUAGUGAACUUUAUCUUCCAUUGGAUCUUCUCUAUGUACGCACGACUUCACGUCUAUUUAUUACUAUUGACGGAGCUGACAUUACGAGUCAAGGUCAUGAUUUCAUUUCGUACGAUUGGACAACUGAGUCAUCUGCUGAUCGUGUAUUAAAACUGGCAAAUGGCAAAGAUGCUCAUUUUGCCGUAUGUAUUCGUUUGAUUUUCUACAAAGAAUCGAAAGAAGCAUAUUCAGAAAAUACAGAUGAACCUAAUCGAACUUCAUUUCAUAUCUAUGUCAAACUGGCUCUCCAUCUCAUUAAUCUGUUAUCGGUUGAUGUCGAAUGUGGGAUUGAUACUGUCGAACAAGUCGAAUUGAAACCGAGUCACUUGUAUCAUAGCAUUUCGGGUAGCAAAAAGUCCGUGCUGACAUUUACGAGAUUACUCUUACGUGUGGAUACAUAUCGCGAAUCGUAUCGUGUUUCAUUAUAUUCUACAUAUUGGGUUAUCAAUUGUACUGAUAUGAAAUUUGAAUUGAAGAUCGACGAUGAAAAAACACUAAUCGAAAUAGUCGAACCACCAUUUUUCGUAUGUCCGAAAAAUUUUGAUAGUGACAAGAAAAAAAAGGGUCAUAUACGUCUCUUCAGCAAGGAAGAAGAUGAUACAGUGUCCGAAUGGUCCGAAGGUUUUUCAUUAGAUGUUAUUAAAAGUACCGGUAUGACGAGUUGUAAAGUAGCCAAUGAUAGAACUUAUAUGAUUGGAGUGGAAGUUGCUGAAGUACUAUCGGAAACAGAAGAGACAGAAUGGAGAUCGGUGGAACCAGAAGGAAUUAUUCCAUUUUGGCCACGUAAUAUCGAACAGAGUAUCAUGCGUGUACGAUAUAUACAUAAUCGAUUAGCAUCAAAAGCAUUCAUAUUCAAUGACAAACAUCGAACAAUGCUUCAUAUGAAUGAUGAAGAACGUCCGGCACUUCAAGUUGAAGUUAUUUCGACCGAUUUUGAUGGAUUUCGUAUUGUUUUUGGUGAUUACAAAACCGGCGAUUCACCUGUUCUACUUGUCAAUUGUUUGAAAAAUCAACCAGUUGCAUUCUGUCAAGCAGAGGAUGUACGAACACAAAUCUUGCCACCACAACACUAUGUCUAUUAUGCAUGGAUGGAUCCGUUAAAACCACAAAUAUUAGUCGUGUCAUGUAAUGGUCAAAGUAAAUCACUCGAACUUAACCCACUUUGUGGUGUUCUUCAAACAGAUGUUCACCAACCUGUAUACUAUACGAUAUUCAACGAUGGUACUCAAACGGUAGUACUGUUUGCUGAAGAAAUCGAUCUAAUCGAAGCGGUUACAAAUACACCAUCGUCAGGUGAAGCCAUGAAUCAACAUAUUCAAGUUGGCAUUCGUGAUAUAGGCAUUGCCGUUAUUGAUGAUAUUACUCGAAACGAUUUGUUUUAUAUAACUAUAAACAAAUCGAAGGAGAUCUGGACAGAGACAAGUAAAUCUCAUAUACGACCACUUUCACGCAAACUCAAUGACGAUUUGGAUGAACACUAUAAAUCGUACAUCAAACAUCUGAAUGAUCAUCCGAACAAUGAAGAGCAUGCCAAGAAGAAAUAUCGCAUUGACGAUCAUCGCGACGUGUCAUUCGAUGAGGAUACAGCUGAACUGACCGAUCAUGAAGGUCAUCGAGUACGUAUUCAACGACAACCACUUGAUGGACUCUGGAUUGGAUUUGCUCGGUCGGUGAGUAAUGCGUCACUUCAUGUACGCAUCAAUCGUAUACAAAUCGAUAAUGAACAUGAAUUUACACUGUAUCCGGUUGCUCUUCAUCCGAUUGUUUCCAAAGCAGGAGGCACCGAUAUACCUGGAAAACCUUUCAUUGAAUUGAAUCUAUUCAAAACGACAAUAGCCCGAUCAAAUACAACAUAUAUCAAAUAUUUGAAAGUACUCGUUCAAGAAUUCGUCUUUUGUGCUGAUCAAACUUUGAUCAUGUCAAUUCUAUCAUUCAUCAAAUCGGAAGAGGUUUCAGGAGCGCCUACAAUUAAUAUGGACUCAGAUCUAAAACGUAUUGAUAAGCCACUUCAAGCAAUUACUUAUGCUCAAUCGAGUAGUAUUCCAGCGGAACCUAAAAUAUACUUUGACAAUAUGCAUUUAUCUCCAAUCAAGCGAUUGCGGCACGAGUCGUGCGAUCGCGGAGUGAGGACCGCGUUCGCGACGCGAAUGAAACAAAAAAGUGGACUUGGCUCGGAUAAAAAAAGCGAACAGUUACUUGCCGAAUAUCCAUUGGUCGACUUCUUACUGCAGACAUUGAAUGUCGCAGAAGUACAAGAUGUCAUUUUAAAAUUGAACUAUUACGAACGUAAGAAUGAUCAAUUUACAAUGUCGAAAGUCGUCGAAGAAAUCCAGAAUCAUUAUCAAAACCAGUUAAUGAGACAACUUCAUGUAGUUGUUCUUGGUCUUGAUGUACUUGGAAAUCCGUUCGGUGUUAUUCGUGGAGUUGCCGAAGGUGGUGCUAUGGAAGGUCCGAUAGAAUUCGUCGAAGGUAUAGCAAUAGGUACUCGAAAUUUGGUUGGUUCUGCCGUUGGUGGUGCUGCUGGUGCCGUUUCAAAGGUCACCGGUGUGGCUAGUAAAGGUUUGGCAAAGUUGACAUUCGAUAAAGAUUAUCAAAAUGCUCGAAUCGCGCGUAAAGAAGUUUCUGGACAUAGCGUAUCUGAUGUAAUUCUAAGUGGAAAGAAUAUCGGCAAGGAUGUUAUACGUGGUGCAAAGGGUGUAGUGACGAAACCGGUAGUCGGUGCGAAAAAACGAAACACACAAGGUUUUAUUAAAGGUUUGGGUAAAGGUCUUCUCGGUCUUGUUGCACGACCGGCAAGUGGUGUUGCUGAUUUUACCAGCACAUCAUUUGAUUUGAUCAAACGAACUGCCGUACAUGAAGAAGUUGUUCAUCGUGUUCGACCUCCACGUCAUGUUGGUCGAGAUGGCAUUAUUCGACCUUCAAGUGUUCAUGAAAUAAAAGGAUUUUAUAUUCUCGAUAGACUCGACGAUGAAAAACACACGAAAUCCGAUACUUAUCUUGCUCACAUUAAUUGUUCCGAAAAUCCGACUACUUGUCUUUUGGCUACUUCGAAACGAUUGUUAUUUUUAACCGAAAAAUCUACUUCAUCGGAUCUCUACGACGUUGAAUGGGACUGUAAUUAUAAAGAUUUGAAAGGACCACCGAUUGUCAAAUGCGAUCCGAAUGAAAUUCAUAUUCUUUUAAAAGAGUCAAAAGUACUUGGAUUAAUCAAGAAAGAUCGACCAUCGCAUAAACAAACGGUCGCGUAUCAAAAUGCUGGCGAAGCUCGCGUAUGUCAUUAA